AUGGGCUCGCACGACGAAACAAUUCACCGCCUCCGCGAUGUCGGGAAAGUUGCAGUCAUUGGAGCCGGACUCGGUGGAAUAUCCUCCGCAGCUCAUCUUCUUCGUUCAGGCUUGUCCAUCACAGUCUUUGAGCGAAUGGGGUUUGCAGGUGGAGUGUGGCAUUUCGAUUCUCGUGCUGCGCCAGAUCCAACUUACCCAAAUGUGCUGCCAUUGGGUCAAGAGGCCAAAAUUGAAAAGAAGUCAAAUGAAAACGCUUUACAACUCCCAGACAUGGACUUUGAUAGAGUAUCCUUGAUACACGCACCGCCGGGACCAUGUUAUGAGGGGUUGCGAAAUAAUGUUCCUACGCCUCUAAUGCGUAGUACGCUGUUGGACUGGCCAGAAAACACUCCGGAUUACGUUGGUUAUGAGUCGGUGGAAGAGUAUAUCAAUACACUUGCUAUACGAACUGGUGUACUUGACCAGAUACUUUUUCAUACAGCUGUUGAGAAUGUUUCCAAGCAAGCUGCGCCCAGCUCAAUAUGGAACAUUCGGACGCGAACGUUGAAGCACUCGUCAAAUAAGUCGUAUCAAUUUGUUGAGCGUGAAUGGGAAUUUGAUGCUAUUGUAGUGGCCAGUGGGCAUUAUCAUGUGCCACGGAUCCCCGACAUUAUCGGCUUGAAGGAUUGGAAAGAUCGACUUCCACAGAACGUUACCCAUUCGAAAGCAUACAGAUCGGCCAAAUCUCUAUUGGGCAAAUCAGUUUUCAUUCUUGGCGGAGGUGUUUCAUCACUUGACAUCGCCAAAGAGAGUGCUAAGGUUGCAAACGUUGUCUAUCAGAGUGUCAGAGACGGAAAGUACGACAUUCCUGCUUCCAUGUAUCCCCCAGACGUGAAGCGAGUGGGUGGAAUUGAAAGGGUGGAGUUGCCGAAGGAGUCGACGCAAGGUCGAAUUUUUCUACAGAGUGGUCAAAUUCUAUCUUCUGUCGAUGUCAUCAUACUCUGCACAGGAUACAUAACUUCUUAUCCCUUCCUCGGUAGCCUUCAGGAUCCGUACAUGUCGGUGGACGAGGCUGAUAGCCGGGUCAUCAUCACAUCUGAUGGAUGCAUGACGCAUAAUUUGCACAAGGACAUAUUCUACAUUCCGGAUCCCAGCCUUGCGUUUGUUGGUGUUCCAUACCAUGCAUCUGCCUUUUCUUUAUUCGACUUUCAAGCGGAGGUUGUUGCAAGAGUAUUUGCAGGAACAGCCGCCUUGCCGAGCAAAAGUUUAAUGAGAGUUGAAUACGAUGCUAGAAAGGCAAAACUCAAAGGAAACAGAGGAUCGGAGUUCCAUAGCGUUAUGGGGAGGGAUAAGCAGUACAUGAAUGACAUAUUAGAACUCGUGAAUGCGGACGCGGCGAGAUGGGACUAUAAACCGAUGAGGGGAGUUGAUGAUAAAUGGCACCGCAAGUACGAUGAGUUUUUAGAAGAAGUGCAAAAGCGCCUGUGGCCUAAUAUCCGUGACGAAAGAGUCCCCGAGACAUCACAGACAAAGGAUGGCCAGGCACGAGAAAUUCAAGCCGCUGCAGUGCCCAACGCCGUCGUCUAG